ACGGGGUUGCAGGUAACUGUGGGUAGUGCAGUUUCUUUUACACAAACACUGGACGCUACGCCUUUAAAAUGAACAGAGAAACUACAAAUACACAGAUGCACUUGGCCCCUCUCAUAGAAAGCUGACAAGGAAAAUGGCGUCCUUAAGCAGCAAGGUGUCGCAGGAUGAAGAUAAAACAACAGAUAUGGAACCCAUUUCAGAAAAGCAAGACGAAGAAUGUCCAUUGAUCGAAGUUACACCAAAAAAGGACGACAAACUAAUUCUUUAUCACUGGACCCAGUCCUUCAGUUCUCAGAAGGUCCGCCUGGCCAUUGCAGAAAAAGGUCUGAAGUGUGAGGAGUAUGAUGUAAGCCUGCCUCUCAGUGAACACAAUGAGCCCUGGUUCAUGCGAUUAAACCCCGCUGGAGAAGUGCCUGUGCUAAUCCAUGGAGAUACUGUAAUCUGUGAUGCCACUCAGAUCAUUGACCACUUGGAACUGUCAUUUGUAGAUGAAAAUACACCCAAGCUGAUACCAGAGGAAGGAAGUAUGUAUUAUCCUAGAGUCCAGCAUUAUCGAGAGCUGUUGGACUCUCUGCCAAUGGAUGCCUAUACCCAUGGUUGUAUUUUACACCCAGAGAUAACAGUUGAUUCUCAGAUACCUGCAUAUGCAACAACAAGAAUUCGCAGUCAGAUAGGAAAUACUGAAUCUGAACUCAAGAAGCUUGCCCAGAAACACCCAGAGCUGCAGGAAGCAUAUGUGGCAAAACAGAGACGCCUAAAAUCAAAAUUGCUGGACCAUGACAAUAUGAAGUACUUGAAGAAAAUUCUUGAUGAGCUGGAAAAAGUUCUUGACCAGGUAGAGACGGAGCUUCAGAGAAGGAAUGAAGAAACACCAGAGGAGGGGAACCAGCCGUGGCUCUGUGGUCAGUUCUUCAGCGUCGCCGACGUGUCGCUAGCGGUUACGCUGCACCGAAUGAAGUUCCUGGGUCUGUCAAGAAGAUACUGGGGAAACGGAGACCGACAAAAUGUGGAAACAUACUAUGAACGGGUCCUAAAAAGAAAGACCUUCAGGAGGGUAUUGGGGAAUGUAAACAAUAUCCUCAUAUCUGCGGUUUUACCAACAGCUUUCCGCGUGGCUAAGAAGAGAGCCCCCUCUUUUCUGGGAACCACCUUAGUGGUGGGUAUUUUAGGAGGAAUGAGUUACUUUGCUUUCUUGUACCUCAAAAAAAGGCUAAUUACUGCUAGUUGAGAUACAUAAAAAAAAAAAAAAAAAUCUCGUGAAAAUUUUGCAGUUCAGUGCAAAUCUCACUCAGUUUUCUGGUAGUGCACAAAGAAAAUCACAUUAUUUUUAUUCUGUUUAGUAUAGCAUACAUACAUAAUGCACGUAACUCAGAGGCUACACAAAUUAAUAAGUGGUGUCUACUUUUUGUGUAAUUUAUGUUAAUGCUGUCUUUGCUGACAUUUACAUUUUCACUUUAUUUUCCACCACACUGCCACUCCUUGAGAAGCAGGUGUUAGAACCUCAGCUAAAGUCAUACCUGUUGCAAAUUGCAGUUUUAGGUGAGGUCCUUCUAAUAUCUGCUGCACAGGAAGUGAAUCUGCUGGUAGGUGGCAGUACAGAUAAAAGAUUGAAAGUCAGACCCCUUUACUUUUAUUUUCUUUGUUAUACUAUGUUCUAGUAAAGCAAUGAAUGUGUACCUCUUGUAUCCACCAUGCCUGAACUGAAAGACAUUAUGUAAUCAAAAAGAACUGCUUUAGCUGUUUAUAUAUAUAUAUAUAUAUAUAUUGUGUUGAAAAAACGAUUCUGUGUGGUCAAUAUAUGGAAAUUCGUACAAAACGUAGUUACAGAUACUGAACCUAAUAAAAGUAAAACAUCAGACUUUAA